UUCAUUAGCGCAUCAGUGUGAAACUACCGAACGAAACGACAAUGAGGCUGCUGACCAUUUUAACACUCUUCUGUGUCCUGGCCGCCGGGUACACUCAAAGCCAUGAUCUUGUACUCGGUCAGGCGACAUACGGUGAUGUCAUUAUUUACAAAGUCAACGAAUACAAGUAUGGGUUCCCGUUCUUUGUGAGAACGAGUAUACUGGAGUAUCCUGAACCUGGACAGACAAAUUUCGCGUAUAUCAAAGCUAUUUUUAUCAAGGAUAACGAUAGAGAUGGGACUGGAGGAUGGCCGACUGUGUCCGCUGGUGGUAUUGGUCAGAGAUUCGUGAAAAUUAAAUUGAAGAGCCAAAGAGGUUAUGGUUUGAAUUUUACUGUAACAAUUUACGGAAGAUAUUAGUCUGAUCGAUUUGCCAAAGUUGUUUUGUUUUUAAUAAAUUUUAUUGUUUGUUAAUAUUGUCUUUUUAAUAAGAUAAAUGUGAUUAUAGUUUUAAAGUUUUAGUUGAAAUGGUGAAACAAUGGUGACGAUCAAAUAUUAUUCAGAUCAAAGUGUUGUGCCAAAUGUAUUUUUUGUUGUUU